UGUUAAAUAUGUCUAUGCAAAAUGCCAAACUAAUCAAUCAAAAAGAGUAUUUAAAGAAAUAUCUGUCUGGUGAUAAGGAAAAAAAGAAGAAAAAGAAAGAUAAAAAACAUAAGAAAUCAACGCAGGUAAAAAUAAUAGAUGACGACGCUUAUGAUUCCAACAAAGAGGAAGUGGACGAAGAGUUGUUGCUGGGCGGCGAGGACGCACCGCAAAUUGUUGGCGAGUACAUUGAGGAAAAUCCUGACGCUUUUCGCGCUAAAUGGCGCAGUAUUGCUGUUAAAGAGGAACCCAAAACCGAGCCGGAUGAUGAAACACAUGUGCGCAUCAAACAAGAACCGCUGGAGGAGUCUGAAAUGUGGGGACGCACAGGACAAGCCAGAAAAACUAAAGAAGAAACUGCAUCCAUUAGAAUAAAACAGGAAAAGCGUAGCAUCUCUCGCGACAAGAGUCCGACAAGAAUAAAGCAAGAGAUUCUUGAUGACACUCCGCCCAGAAACCACGACUCUGAUCAAAGCCCUGCAAGACGAUGCAACUCUGACCAGAGCCCGCCGAAAAGCCGUAGAAAAGCAAGUUGCACACCGCCAAGAAACCGCCGUGAUUUCGAUGAAAGCCCGCACAGGCGUCGUCAAUCUCCUACACGCAAGCGUCGCAGUACUGAUCAAAGCCCACCAAGAAGAAUGCGGGAAUCUAAUCAAACCCCGCCUAGAAAACGACGUGACUCUGACCAAAGCCCACCCAGAAGGCAACGCGAUGUGGCAUCUCCAAGCAACAGUAGGAGAAGACGGGACUCGGACCAAAGUCCCCCCAGGAAAAGGCGGGACUCUGUUCAAAGCCCACCUAGAAGACAGCGUGACGUCAAGCAAUCAUCACCUAGAAGACGACGUGACCUUGAUCAAAGCCCAUCUAGAAGACGCCGUAGUCGGUCUAAGGGUCGCGAUCAGUCUCCUGCGCGGCGUUUCAACAAUGAAGAGCGACGCACACAAAUGCCACCACAUGAGCGCAAGAGUCGUUGGGCCAAGGCAGAGUACAGUAGGUCACCAUCGCCGCCACCUACACAUAAACCCAAAGCGCAGAUGCGUACGCUAGAUGGCAAAAAAGCUGGUCUACAGGAUGCGCAAUCCCUUAAAACGGAGACAGACGAACGUAGGCGCAAUGAGCAUCGCCUGUUUGAGAAAAUGUCAAGUGAGGUGUCUGGUCGGAAUGCUGAGGUGCAAAUACGCAGUACAGGACGCCGUGGGCGGCGUGCACGAGAAGCAGCGGAUGAAGAUCCCGCCGAACAAAAGCGCAAGGAGGAACAUGAGCAAAAAAAGAAAGAAUUGUACGAUCGCUGGGGCAAGGGUCUAAAGCAGUUGGAGCAGCGGCAGGCGCGUCAAGAUGAAAUGGCACAUGAAGCCGCCAAGCCGGUAGCACGCUAUGCAAACGACGAAGAUUUGGAUCGACAUUUGCGUGAGCAGGAGCAUGCUGACGAUCCUAUGCUUAAUUAUAUUCGCCAGAAACGCAAAAACCGAGAGUUGCAAUCCGACAAGCCUGUAAUGCCUCUGUAUGAAGGCAGCUAUCCGGAGAAUCGCUUUGGUAUACGGCCUGGCUAUCGCUGGGAUGGUGUAGACCGCUCCAAUGGCUACGAGCAACGCUGGUUUGAUAAGCAGAAUGAGCGACGUGCCAUACAAGAUGAAGCCUAUAAAUACAGCGUGGAAGAUAUGUAGGAACUGUUGUACACAAUUUUAAUAAAAGAAAAAUACAUUUGUAUUU